AUGCUGACUCUCCUCUCCGGCCCUCUGUUUCCCCCUUCGCAAAUUGAAGGGAUUGGGCUGCCAUUUAAAGGUCUCUGGAAGCUCAGCUUCUCAGACAACCGGGUCCUCCAACACCCUGCUCUCAGGCUCCCCAUCCCAGCGACUCAGCCCCCAGACACCUGGGUUCUCAGCCCCCAAACCCUGCGACCCAGCUCCCUGGACACCUGGGUCCUCUGGACAACUGGGAUAGGAGACUUCUUCCCUGUACCCAUCUGCCAAUCUCAGCGGAGGCCUGACUACAAGCAGCUCCAGAUGACCUGCCCGCCCCCCGCCGCAGGCACGGCCCCUCCCCCGCUGCCCCGGUGGUGGCCGGCGGCCCCCCGGCUGCCAGCCUUCAGACUGGAGUCCCUGAAGCGCUGGACAGAGGCUCGGGGCCUGUGGUGUGAGAAGGGUGUCCAAGUGCUGCUGACCACGGUUGGUGCCUUUGCCGCCUUCGGCCUCAUGACCAUCGCCAUCAGCACCGAUUACUGGCUCUACACCAGGGCCUUCAUCUGCAACACCACCAACCUGACCGCCUCUGCCUCCGAGGACCCCCCAGCUCGCGGGCCUGGCGGGGUGUCGGAAAAGAGGGACCCCGGGGGGCUUACCCACUCGGGCCUCUGGAGGAUCUGCUGCCUCGAAGGGCUGAAGCGGGGUGUCUGUGUGAAGAUUAAUCAUUUCCCAGAAGACACAGACUACGACCAUGACAGUGCAGAGUACCUACUCCGUGUGGUCCGAGCAUCCAGCAUCUUCCCCAUUCUCAGCGCCAUUCUUCUGUUGCUGGGGGGCGUGUGUGUGGCUGCCUCUCGAGUCUACAAGUCCAAAAGGAACAUCAUCCUGGGGGCUGGUAUCCUCUUUGUAGCCGCUGGCCUCAGCAACAUCAUCGGCGUGAUCGUGUACAUCUCGGCGAACGCGGGCGAGCCAGGCCCCAAGCGCGACGACGAGAAGAAGAGCCAUUAUUCGUACGGCUGGUCCUUCUACUUCGGGGGGCUCUCCUUCAUCCUGGCCGAGAUGAUCGGCGUGCUCGCCGUGAACAUUUACAUCGAGAGGAACCGCGAGGCUCACUGCCAGUCCCGGGCGGACCUUCUCAAGCCCGGCGGCCGGGCCGGGGGCGGCGGCAGCGGCGGGGGCGGCGGCGGCGGCGGGGGUCCCCCGUCGGCCAUCCUCCGCCUGCCCAGCUACCGCUUCCGCUACCGCCGCCGCUCGCGCUCCAGCUCUCGCUCGAGCGAGCCCUCGCCCUCCCGGGACACGUCCCCCCAGGGCUUCCCCUCCACGGACAUCUCCAUGUACACGCUGAGCCGCGACCCGUCCAAAGGCAGCGUGGGCGCCGGGCUCGGAGGGCCGCCUGGAGGCGGCGGCGGCGGCAGCAGCGGCGGGGGAGGGGGCGGAGUGGGGGGUCCGUACGGGACGGCUGAGCGGGAACGAUCCGGUUCGGGCUUCCUGACGCUGCAUAACGCCUUUCCCAAGGAAGCCAGCGGGGUGACGGUGACCGUUACCGGUCCGGGCUCCGCCCCCGGGGCCGCCGGGACCCUGAGCAAAGAGGCGGCAGCCAGUGGGGCGUCUAACACCAACACCCUGAACAGGAAAACCACGCCGGUGUAGGGGCUGGGC